AAAAAUGUCUCUCUCGGACUCCGCCUCUUUUUAAAAAAAUCGGAUGUGGAUACGAGAGAAAAAGCGCAGCAACAAUGUGAUAGACAACACAGCUGCUCGGCUCGGAGUUGUAGAGGAUAUCAGCUUCAGCGAACGGAGGGAGGGCAGAGGCGAGCCAAGCCGAGCCGAGCCGAGCCGAGCCGCACGCUCGCUGUGCAACAAGGCGUACGGGAGCUAAACAAUGAAGCGGCGGCCAGCAGCAUCCAGAGGGCACCGAGGUGAUGUUUAGGGUCCUGUUUGUAUUGGACACAUAACGGACACAUGGACAGGAAGAAAUAAAGGGAUCAGGCUCCCCAGCUGACCUCUGGGUAAAGUCCUGGCUCUUUGUUGGUGGGCCAGCUUGACGGGUGUCUAUGUGAGCGAGAGGUAAUGAAGUCCAGCAUGAAGCAGUGGCGGAGGCUGUUGUUGUUGGCCAUGCUGGCCUGGGUUCUGGUCUUUCUUGCUCUACUUUCCCAUUUCCUGGAUGCUCGUGUGGAUGAGCCUCUGACCUCUGCUGGCUCUUUACUCUCCCAGCAUCCUGACACCAGGCGACUGGCCUCCAUACAAGCCUCCAAUCAGCAACAUGCCAUCUUUGGUUUAAGACCUGAGCUCGCUUUGCAAUUAACUACAACCUAUCUCAGAGACGAGCCAGGGCCAGAACCUUCCACCAGCUUCAUAACACCAGAGACCAGCAUGGAGGUAAGCCAGGGCCCUUAUGUGACUUACGGUAGCCAGGAGACAAGUCGCCAGGACAACCUGGACCCGCAGAGCCUGGCUGCCUGGUCUUCCUUCGGUACAGAGAAUGUGGGCUCUCAUUCAGACCCUGCAGUCCAGAGUCGUGAGAGAAUGUACCAGAACCAUGUCAGUACCACUCAGUACCACGGUGGUGAGGAUGAAGAAGAUGACAGAGAAAAUGAAGAUCUAAAUCUUGGAAAAAAAAUUAGGACUGCAGUAGACAGGAGAACCAGUGGAGAGUCCACAGAUUUGGAACAUUACUAUUUCUCCAAAUCUGCCUCUGUGGUCCAGCGGCUAUGGAAGGGCCGAGUGUCCGCCGACAUGCUGAGUCCCCGGCUGCAGCGUGCCAUGAAGGACUAUGUGAGCGCCAACAAGCACCAUGUUUCAUACAACGGACAUCGGAAAGGCUCUCAGAGUGCCAAAGAGCUGCUGUGUCAAAUGAAAGCCCAGGCCCAGCUGAAAACAGUGGAUGGGUUGGAGGAGCCCUUCUCGUCUCUUAGCUGGGCCGACAUUGUGCCAUCCCUUCACUUGGAGCAGCUGAACAGAGAACAGUACAGGAGUGGCUUUAAAAGCUGUGCAGUGGUUACCUCUGCGGGUGCCAUUCUGCGCUCUAGACUGGGCAAGGAAAUAGACACUCAUGAUGCAGUUUUGCGGUUCAAUGCUGCCCCUACAGAGGGAUACGAGCAAGAUGUGGGAAACAAAACUACCAUCCGCAUCAUCAAUUCACAGAUUUUGGCCAAUCCCAAGCAUGAGUUCAACACAAGCUCUAUCUAUAAGAAUGUAACACUGGUGGCCUGGGAUCCUGCACCUUACACUGUUGACUUACAUAAGUGGUAUGAUAGUCCGGACUACAACCUGUUUGGUCCAUAUGUAGAUCACCGUAAGGCCCAUCCAGACCAGCCCUUCUACAUUCUUCAUCCCAGCUAUGUGUGGCGACUGUGGGAUGUGAUUCAGAGCAACACUCAGGAUAACAUCCAGCCCAAUCCCCCCUCGUCUGGCUUCAUAGGCAUUCUCCUGAUGAUGACGCUGUGUGAGCAGGUGCAUGUAUACGAGUACAUUCCCUCCGUGAGGCAGUCCGACCUGUGCCACUACCACGAACGAUAUUACGAUGCCGCUUGCACUCUGGGUGCUUAUCACCCCCUCCUUUUUGAGAAGAUCCUGAUCCGGCGCAUCAACACGGGGCCUGAGAGCGACCUCCGGAGGAAGGGACGUGUAACUCUUCCGGGCUUCAGCACUGUUGACUGUGACAUCUGAAAUAUGAAACUCUCUGAGCCUGAAAAUAAAAACGCAUACACUGGCCCUUUCUGGCUGACCAAGGGAGAGUUGCAAUAAAGCCACAGCAGACAAAAAGGCUGAAGCUAACUUGUUUCAAAUAAUCCCCAGAAAGAGGAUAAGCCAUAGCCCUCCUGGGAGGGAUCAGCUCGGAGGUUGUCUAAAGACCUUGUGUUUAAUAAUAGUUUACUUGACCAGAGACUGGAGAUAGAAAAAAAAAAUGCUUUAGCUGAGCCGCGUUAGCUUUGGAGCUGACUAGGGUAGCAACAAAUCAGUGUUUUAGAUAGAAAGUCAGUUUUUAAUAACUUGGUGUUAUCAGUCAUGUAAAAAACUCAGUUGUAUGGGUGGUAAUCCACUUAAAGGAAAAGCCACUGUUUAUUACUUCAUAUUUUUUUCCUUUUUUAACAAUCCAGAGUGGUUUGAGUAAAUAAAGAGAAGAUUCACUCUGAAUGUCAGAAAAGUAUACACAUACAGCCGCAACACUUGCAAAAGAAUGUGCAGUUCUUUAAAGACCGAUUGUCAGAAUCACUGUACAUAUCUUCCAGCACAAUCAGAAGUCGUUUCAUGUCACGAGGGAAUAAUUUCUCACUAAUGCCAUUAUGAUUGGUCUAAAAUCACUGUCCUCUGCACAAUGACUGAAAGCGUCCAGUCCGGUCACAGUUUAGGUUUUGCAGAGUGCACUUGCUUUGUAAAAUGAAAGUAAACAGGGGCCAAAAAUAAAACAGGUGCUCAGAACACACAUGACCCCGUGCCUGGUGGUCAGCUGAACACUUUCCUCGGGUUGCCUUGUCACUGUUUAGUCAAAUGCAGUACACUCUGUGGCAGGACUGCAAUGCCAAUCGGUUUUGAUUGUGAUGCCAUGUGGCGCAGCGGAUUUUUCUGCAGUCACGCACUUCUCAGCUCUGCCUCAGAAAUCACCAGCCCCCGAGAUUUUAUUUUUCCCCCCAUCUUCUUUCAGUUAACCCUUUAUUGAAUGUAAUUUUACCACUUCCUGUUUUGGCCAAACCUGUACUGGAGUUCACCUCAGCCGUAUUGUCUGCAUACUUGCACCACAGGGAUAUUACUUUGGAUAAAGUGCAUUCCUUACAACUAUACAUGGUUUAUAGUUCCAGUAUUCUCCAUGGGUCAGAACGAAGACGACCAAACAUCCAGGAUUUUGGGCCAGCAGCAUCUCCAGAUUUACUUUGUGUCCAAAUUUAGAUUGUUCUGUAUGUUUACAGUGAGCCGGUGCCACAUCUGGAGAUGGCUAUAGACGUUUUAAGUCAGCACGGGAAUGAAGGUCUGUGAAAAUCUUUGGCCUAAAACUGGUGUUUUCAUAAAUGUGUGCAAUUGGUAGUGGUUUGAUCAAAUGUGUUAAAGUGUUGCAGGAAUGUUGCGUUGCAUGUGAAGAAAAUGACGAGUGCAGUAGAGUAGUAGAAAAAGUUGUUUCUGGGGUUCGACUUGGGCUGGGUAUGUGUUCGUAUGUGUUUAUAUAUACAAACACACAACUUUUUGAAAGUUAUUCAGGCUUUUUAUUAUGAAAAAAAUGAAAACCCUUUUGCUUUUGGGCCAUUUUUCACUUCUUGUGUUUUAUACAUGAUGUGUUAAUUGAAAUUUGUGAUUUUGUAAAUACUAUUAGACACUGAUCAGUCACAACAAUUAAAACCAUCUGUCUCAUGUUCUGUAGAUAUCCCGUUAUGACCGAAUGGUUACAGGAUGUACAUUGGACCUCUAGUUGUGGUUUCAGUCUCUCUAUUUUCUGAGACAUUGAUUCAGAGAAGUGAUUCUCUUCUUACUUAGUGGCUGCAGGCCCUUAUUGUUGUUGGUUGAAACUAUAGUAACUUUAUGUUUUCAGUUUUUAAAGAUGAGAAAUGCUAACAAAAUAUGAAGGUAGAAUUAGCAGUACUGUAGACUUGAAUCAAAGACAAAGGAUUUACACCGGAAACAGAAUCCACAUGUUUUUACUUCUGUAGUUCUGGAUUUGCAACACAGCUAGCUGCUGCAGAAAGUUAGAAAAAUAGCAGUUUAAAACUAUUUAACAUUACCUAUUGUGAUCAUUUAUUGCAUUUUACCAUGUGACAACUAUAUAGCCAAAUACUCAUUGUAGCCAAUGUGUUCAGCAGUAGUGUUUUUUUGUUGUUGUUUUUUUUACUCUGACGGAUGGCCACAAUGACAAGUUCCUCCAUCAUAUAUUCUCAGUGUUUGUGGAAGUAGUGGUAGUAUUACUGGAAUUUCAUCCUAGACUUUAUGGGGGUUUUUUGCCAAGUUUUCUUGCUUUUCAUUUUGGUAAAUCAUUUAUUUUAAGGCUUGAUUUAAACCAAUUUCUUUUGUAAAUGCCUUGCUUCUGGGUACUUUGUAAAUUUCCUCAUCGUGCUACUACAGGACUGUACCAUAGGAAGAUAAAGUAGGGAAUAGGUAACUAACACUGCGGCAUCCCCAUUCUUUGCAUCUCAUAUUAAUAGCAUAUGUAGCCUAUUUGAUUACCAGACAGGCAGCUAUAGCUAUCAUACACCCUCUGUCUGCACUAAUGAUGGCUGAAUCAUCUUAGCAUGACAAGUGCAUUAAGUGGUUUUAACUGACAGCAACACUAACAUGGAAAAAAUAAAACGAUGUAUUGAAGGGUGUGCACAGUUAUGCAGCCAGGUUAUUACACCUUUUAAUCUUAUUUUUUCCUUUAAGCAGAUUUGUUUUUUAAUUGAAUGGCACAUGACAAAUAUCACAUUAUAUAUGAAAAUAUUUUUGAAAUGAUUCUUUGGUCUUAUUUCAUAAAUCACAAAAACUUGGGAUUUUAACAGGGGUGUAUAGACGUUUGAGAGUCACUGUACUUGGCAACAUAAGAAACAGCAAGCGUCAGUUAGCUAUUGAUACAUGAAUAUGUAACAUUACCUCUACAGUAAUACCAUUAUUAGUUAGUUCUACUAGUGCCACAAUUUUCCCAAAUAUAAAAGAGCAACCUAUCUUAUGUGCCCAGUUAACACUACAAUUAAAUUACUGCAUAAAUAAUGUUCAUGCAGCUAAAUCCUAUCCAUAGUCUGGAUUAUGGUUCAAAUGCAGUACCACUCAAACGCAUCAAGAUGUGACUCCAAAACAUCUCAGAUUCCUAUAAAUUUAAUUUCAGAGCCUCCUCUGAUGAAGCAGUUUCGGUAUUUUCUGAAAAUUGCUUCCAACUCAAAUUUUAGAUGUCCAGAGAAUUUUCAGGUUUUAUUUUCCAUCUCAACCCUGUAUUUCGUCAGUUUUAUCCUCACUAAGAAGAAACCUUCAUUCCUUUUGUUAAUGGUUAGUGUUGCUUCCAGGCAACACAUGCAUCAAUCAGAGUGAGCCCAGCUGAUCUUUAUCAAUUCAGUUUCAAGCCCUCACUGGAAUGAGGGCACGGCCCAGAGUGCAGUUGACCUGCAUAGAGAUUUGGUUGAAAGGCAAAUUUCUUUCCAACUACCAGAACCUAAUGUGUAUUCGGGCAAUUUACUUUUGCAUGUGUUUUUUGGUUUAAUGUUGUGCGUGAUCAGUAUGAAAAAAUGCGUAGUAGACUAAGCAUAUGACAAAGAAUAAUUCAGUGAAUUAGAGGCUAGAGAAACAAGUGUUUCAUCACAUUGAUGCAAAGUUAUGUAACCAUGGAAGCGCUUACUACAACGAGAUAUUGUGAAGUGAUGAGCUGUUUCUGGAAAAAUUAGGCAGAAGCUGAUAAAAAUGUAUACCAAGGUUUCAUGUUAGUUAAUCAAUUUGAAACUAUGAUUUUAAAUAGGUUGAAAGCAAACACCUAGCAAGUUAGCCUAACUUCCAGCAAUCCAGCAGUGCACUGCUGGAUUGCUGGAUGAAAGGCUUUUAAAGUUUACCCCCAAGCAGUAGGAAAACACCUUUUUAUAUGUGUUACUCUCUAAAGAGAUAUAUUGCGAGAAGACAUAAAAUUCUUCACAAUCUUUUAAAAAUCACACCUGAAUUUAUUGCGUAUUUAUUCUGUAUUUUUACUUCAGUAAAUUUAAGUCAAAGUAAUUAUUAAAAAUAUAAUAGGUAAUGUUACAGCUAUAAUAUUAAAUAUGUCGAUUUAGCAGCAGUAUGAAAACAUUUUUCUUUUCUGUUUUUAAAUAAAAGCAAUUAGGUUAUGUUAUACAUUUUUAUACUCAUAUUUACUUAUUAUUAUGAGAAACCAUAAUAUUUUUACUCUAGUCCAAUAAUCUGAUGUCUAGUAGAAAUUGUAUUUGAUGUUUUCUCUCUUUCUGAUGGUACACAUGCAGUUACAAGAUGGUUUGUAACUGUUGGUUUGUUUCUUUAAGAUGCCCAGCCCCAGUCAGUUUAAAGAACCCCAGUAAUGGGACAAGUAAAAAGACUGAAGGAAAUGAUGCUUGAAGGUUUUUGCAGGCUUCAGGUUUUCAGCUUUGCUGCAAAGGGUGUUAAAGUGGUUGUGAUUGUAGCACACCGAACGUGCAAAAAGCCCCGAACAUAUUGUACAUUUGUACUUUCCGUUGCACAUAGCAUGCAAACGUAGGGCUGAGUCUUAAACUGUGUGUGCUGUGUUGUGCUGCAGAUCAUUGUCAAUGUUGUAGAAGUCAACUAUGCUUUAAGGUUUUCUUGAUUUUAUUACAUAAUUUUUUGCAUCUUUCUUUUAUGCAUGCUUAUGGACCACAAUGAAUUGUGGUGUAGCAUUCAGCUGUUCCCUGAUGUCUUAUGGCAACUUUUCUGCAUUUUAAUAUUGUGCCAAAUUCCACCUUAAAUUGUGUGUCAGAUGGUUAAAAGUGGAACGAGGGCUAAGAGUAAAGGCAGGAAAUCUGGGAAACUAAGAUUUCUCUCUGGGACCAUUAAGGUCAAAUUGAAUAGAUUUGUUUUGUCCACUUAAGGACAACAUUUUUAUUGCCAGUGUUAAAUCACCAUUCACUUGUGGUUAAGCGGUCGAAGAGAACAUUUUUAAGACACUUUGAUUAUAAAGGCUUUCCUGCUUUUUUCCAGUUUUUUUUUUCUCUUGAGGCCUACUUUUCACAUCUUGUUUGGAUUUACUAUGAUGGGAACCUCUGGACCACAUUGCCUCUUAAGGAUUGUUCAGCAUUUGACUUUAUUUUAUAUUUCCCAUCUGCAGCUACUUGCAGUUCAGUAUGACAGGAAGCACCGUUUCCCUUCCAGCAGCCUUAGGGUGAUCUUAAUUUUUAAUUAUCUAGUGAGUUGUCUUCAUUUUACACGUCAAUAUUUAAAUUGAAGAUUUGUAUGAUUUGAGCUGUUCUGUCAUUUUCUUUCACUGUGUGAAUAAAAUUGUUGAAACAUG